AUGAAGAAGGAAGAGGAAGGGGAAGAAGAAGGAAGAAGAAAGAAGAGGAAGAAGAAGAAGGAAGAGGAGGAGAAAGAAGAAGGGGAAGAAGAGGAAGAAGAGGACAAGGGGAAGAGGAAGAAGAGGAAGAAGAGGAAGAAGGGGAAGAAGGGGAAGAAGAGGAAGAAGGGGAAGAAGAGGAAGAAGGGGAAGAAGAGGAAGAAGAGGAAGAAGGGGAAGAAGAGGAAGAAGAGGAAGAAAAGGAAGAGGAAGGGGAAGAAGAAGGAAGAAGAAGAAAGAAAAGGGAAGAAGAGGAAAGAAGAAGAAAGAAGAGGAGGAGGAAGAAGAAGAAGGGGAAGAAGAAGAAAGAAUAAGAAAGAAAAGGGAAGAAGAGGAAAGAAGAAGAAGGGGAAGAAGGGGAAUAAGAAGAAGAGGAAGAAGGGGAAGAAGGGGAAGAAGGGGAAGAAGGGGAAGAAGGGGAAGAAGAAGGAAGAAGAGGAAGAAGGGGAAAAAGAGGAAGAAGGGGAAGAAGGGGAAGAAGAGGAAGAAGAGGAAGAAGGGGAAGAAGGGGAAGAAGAGGAAGAACAGGAAGAAGGGGAAGAAGAGGAAAAAGGGGAAGAAGAGGAAGAAGGGGAAGAAGGGAAAGAAGAGGAAGAAGGGGAAGAAGAGGAAGAAGUGAAGAAGAAGUAA